AUGGCGUCGCUUCGUGGAAGUGAACAGGUCUAUGCAACGCUUUUGUUGAACGACACAUACCUCCCAGGAGCAUUGGUUCUUGCUCACUCUCUGCGCGAUGCUGGCACUUCGAGACAGCUGGUUGUCCUCGUCACGCUCGACACCGUCUCCGCCGAGGUCAUCACCGAACUCAAGGCCGUCUACGACCAAGUCAUUCCUGUCCCGAGAAUACGCAACGACCGGCCCGCCAAUCUUUAUCUGAUGAACCGUCCUGAUCUGCACUCUGCCUUUACCAAAGUAAACCUCUGGAAGCAGACUCAGUUCUCUAAGAUUAUCUACAUUGACGCCGAUGUUGUCGCGUACCGAGCUCCCGAUGAGUUAUUUGAUAUCGCUGCGCCCUUCUCUGCGGCGCCUGACAUUGGUUGGCCUGACCUAUUCAACACCGGUGUUAUGGUGCUCAGCCCCAACAUGGGCGAUUACUACGCCCUUAUGGCAAUGGCCGAAAGAGGCAUCUCGUUUGAUGGUGCAGACCAAGGCCUUUUGAACAUGCACUUCAAGAACACGUAUAAUCGCAUUAACUUCACCUACAACGUCACUCCAUCAGCGCAUUAUCAAUACCUCCCGGCCUACCGACACUUCCAGUCGAGCAUCAACAUGGUGCAUUUUAUUGGUCCAGACAAGCCCUGGUUUCAAGGUCGACAACCAAGCAAGGGUGACUCGCCAUUCGAAGAGAUGGUUGGCAGGUGGUGGGCUGUCUACGACCGGCAUUACAGAGCUACAGAAACGAUACUGGAUUCUCAAACAAUGCAGCACCACCUAAUGCAUCAAACUGAAAACGAACACAAGAUUCCGGAGAUCGUACAGUAUUUCACUAAAGGAGAAUUUCAGCCACAGCCACAAGCUACUGACGUAGCAUCUAUGGGUGAGCACCUUUGUGAGCCACAACGCUCUCACGGCCAUGGUAGCUUCCACUAUCAUGCGCACCCCCAUUCCGACCGUGGAGCUCAUAGUGCUCAACGACAUGAUGCCCACGGUCAUGAUUCCUCCCAAGAGCCGUACGCAUAUGUCAAUCUGCCGCCCCGUGGUUCCAGCCAAGGACCCCAGUCCGAGAUUGCGUAUCAGGCUGGCCAUUCUUUCCCCCUUUCCAGCGAGUCGUUUAGUCCAUUUGCUGGAACGCAAGCUGAGGCUCGAUCAGUGCAGGUUCCACAGCACAAGGAGCGGGGUCCAACAACACAUGCGGAGCCAUCGCGAGAGCCAAGCCCUCCUCCCGCACCAACAUGGGAUGCUCAGAGACAACCGCCUCCUGCAGAUUCUAAACCAGAGGCCCUCAACUUUCCUUCCCAAGUGUACGAGAUGUCUCAGGAUCCCGCUCCAUUUGUGCCACCCGAACGAUACCCAAGUCCGCCACGAAAUAUGUGGUACGAGGUUCCCAAAGUGAAGCCUGCGCCACCGACGCAGAAACCUCGUCCCAUCUUCCCUUGGGAGGUGAAUCAACCCAAGCCGACCAGAAUCUUCACUGGAGAACUCGUCGAGAAAGUGAAUGAGGAUCCAUUGAGCCCACCGACUGGUGAGCAAGUAGUAUCGUCCAUAUCCCAGGCUCCUACUGAGUCUUGUCUUGUAGGAUCGUUGUCGACUACUCAAAAGAGCGAGCCCAACACUCCGCCCACCCCAAGCAUCAAACCUGCUUCGUCGGAUCCUUGGACCACUUUCACACGGACCAAUGCCUGGGAUGAAGUACCCGAGAUUGAGCGUUACGUCGAGGGUCUCCAAAAGCAUCGCCGUGGGAAAAGCCAAGGCUCCGUAGGCAUACCUGGUGGACAGGCAGCCAAAGAGCACGGGCUCAAGCUCACCGAUUUCCCUAGUGUAGUUGAACGACCUAGUCUUCCAGUCACUCCUGCGCCAAUUCGCCGGCCAAAGUUCUGGGGAGGUGGUGGCUCCAGAACAGGCGAAGGCGAGGAUGAGGAGGAGCUGCCGGCCGCCGAAGGUGUGCCCCCGCAGUCUGACUGGGAUCCUGCAGCUCAGCUUCAAAAACUGGCUAAGCAGCAGUCAGAGGCUCUGCUGAAGAAGCUUGGGGGUGAAGGAGGUCCCGAGGGUGUGAGUCGCGAGAUCCCAUCACGCCCCUUGCCGUUCGGCUCUGAGGGUGUUAUUUCACCUACUUAUGUUGCGCAGUCAUCUGGAGGGGUGGUGCUCAGUCCGCAGCCGGUAAAAGGCAGUGUUACUUCGAGCAUUGUGCGCAAUCUGAGUGGCGAGCAGGAUCAUCUGACAACACCCCGGUCUUCUGGUACCGCGUCAUCAGCAAUCAACCCCAUCCCGGAACCAGCCUACCAGGGCCCCGGCGCCGCCUGGGAAAAGGGCGAAGACGUGCCGUUGAGGGAAACACCCGCAUUGCCCACUGAAGAGGAGCGCGAUGUGCUUGACACGUAG